GCUAUUUAAAGGUCCGCGCGUCCCGGCCACUGUCGCACGGUGCCUGGUAGGGUUUUGUGAAGUUCAGCUAUGGCCGGCCACAUCGUACUCAACACCGGCGCCAAGAUGCCCAUGCUGGGGCUGGGCACCUGGAAGUCCUCUCCAGGCCAGGUGACCGAGGCUGUGAAGACAGCGAUUGACGUUGGGUACCGCCACAUUGACUGCGCCCAUGUGUACCAGAAUGAGCAGGAGGUGGGGUUGGCCAUCCAACAGAAGCUCAAGGAGCAGGUGGUGACACGGAAGGAGCUCUUCAUCGUUAGCAAGCUGUGGUGCACGUACCAUGAGAAGAGCAUGGUGAAAGAAGCCUGCAAGAAGACGCUCAGGGACCUGCAGCUGGACUACCUGGACCUCUACCUUAUUCACUGGCCGACGGGCUUUAAGGCUGGGAAGGAAUUUUUCCCAUUGGAUGAAGCAGGCAACGUGAUUCCUAGUGACACAGAUGUUUUGGACACAUGGACGGCCAUGGAAGAGCUGGUGGAUGAAGGGCUGGUGGCAGCUAUUGGUAUCUCCAACUUCAACCAUCUCCAGAUCGAGAGGAUCUUGAACAAACCUGGCUUAAAGUAUAAGCCAGCAGUUAACCAGAUUGAGUGCCACCCAUACCUAACUCAGGAGAAGUUAGUCUCGUACUGCCAGUCCAAAGGCAUCGUGGUGACUGCCUACAGCCCUCUUGGCUCUCCCGACAGGCCCUGGGCCAAGCCUGACGACCCAUCCCUUUUGGAGGAUCCCAGGAUCAAGGAGAUUGCAGCCAAGCACAAUAAAACUUCAGCCCAGGUUCUGAUCCGGUUCCCUAUGCAGAGGAACUUGGUGGUGAUCCCCAAGUCUGUGACACCUGAACGCAUUGCUGAGAACUUUAAGGUCUUUGACUUUGAACUGAGCAGCCAGGAUGUGACCACCUUACUCAGCUACAACAGAAACUGGAGGGUCUGUGCCUUGAUGAGCUGUGCCAACCACAAGGAUUACCCCUUCAAUGAGGAGUUUUGAAGCUGUGGAUGCCUGCUCUUCCCAAGUGACCUGUACCUGUUUUUCUUGCCUCAUCUUCCCUGCAAAUAUAGUAUGGCCUCAGCUGGGACAGCAAGCUGCAGACUGACCCGUGAGGGCUUGUCUAGCUUGUUGUUGCGUCUGAAGAGCAGUAUCAGUAGAGUAAAAGCCUCUUCCAGUUUUCUUUGCCCUUUUUGCCCAGCGGGGGAAAAUAAAACCUGAAUACCCUUUUCUGACCAAGGAGAAGCAAAAUCUAUAAAGUCAAAACAGUGCCACUAACAACUAGUUGAGUUUUGACUCUUGGAACUGUAAUCCUCUUAGUCAGACUUCUUUUUGCCUCAAAUAAAAAGUGCUUUUCUGCGUUC